AUGGGAAGUUCAUGUUUACCUCCAGGAUUUAGAUUUCAUCCAACUGAUGAAGAGCUCAUUGGCUAUUACUUAAGUAGAAAAGUAGAAGGUCUCGAGAUCGAGCUCGAAGUCAUUCCCGAAAUCGAUUUAUACAAAUUCGAGCCUUGGGAGUUACCAGAUAAAUCUUUCCUUCCGAAUAGAGAUAUGGAAUGGUUCUUUUUCUGUCCAAGGGACAAAAAGUACACCAACGGUUCUCGAACCAAUAGAGCUACAAAAGCCGGUUAUUGGAAAGCAACCGGUAAAGACCGGAAAAUCACUUGUAAAUCGUCGUGUGCUUUAACCGGAUACCGCAAAACACUUGUUUUCUAUGAAGGCCGUGCCCCACUAGGAGAUAGAACUAAUUGGUUUAUGCAUGAAUAUCGUCUAUGCGAUGAUGAUCUUUCACAAAAAUCAUCUAAUUUUAAGGAAGCUUUCGCGUUAUGUCGCGUAGUAAAGAAGAACGAACGCAAGGCCAAAGCAUUGAAAAACAAAAACGAACAAGCAACUGGUUCGGGUUACUCUAGCCUAGCGACAUCUCCUUGUCGUGAUGAAACGACGCAGUUUCAAUCAUUCAAACCUGAAUCUUCAACUACAAACGACUCUUCUAGCAUUUGGAUUUCUCCUGAUUUCAUCCUUGAUUCCUCAAAGGAUUAUCCUCAAAUACAUGAGGUUGCUUCUGAGUACUUACCCAACUAUCAUUUUCAAGUCACCUCGGCGAAUCACCACGUGGAGUUUCCGACGGGUUCUUCUUAUUUGAACGUUGGUCAGGAGAUUGAACAAUCAGUACAACCAAGUUCUUGGACAAAUUAUGAAUACGACCAAACCAGCUCGUUCCAUUACACAAACCUUUUCUAG